AUGCAAGCAUAUCAGAAUUCUGAGAUUGGGUCACGGGAGUUUAAGAAUAGGUUGGUCGAACUGACUGCCGUCGCGGUACACAACCUAGCGUUUCUUGUAUACCAAGGACAUCCAAAGCUCCACAGCCAGGAGGAAAUCGACAAAACUGUAUCCUGGACAGUUCCGCCUCGAUGGAUAGAGGACGAUGGACUUAAACCGCGCUGGGAGAAAGUCACUGAACCCCACCCAACGCUCUUCUAUCAUGUUGAUUAUCUUGAUCAUGACCGCUACGCCCAUGGUCUUGCCGAUGUAGUUGGCUACUGGGCAGAGGAUCGCAAUUUUGGCGGUGUCGUUCUGUUUGACAAAGGCGACUAUCCAGAGUUACAGGAGGCUUUUGAUGAACUCACAAACUAUGAAUCUGAGGAAUCCUUCGUCGUCACUCUAGAGUAUGACGAAAGGGGCUUGCCAAUUGUCACCAAGAGCCCUAGGGACCCAGGAGCUUCAGAAGACAACAUGUCCCAGGCAUCAAGUGGCAAACGUAGGAAACUUAAAGAUGGAUCUGGAAAAACACCGCCGGCGCCCUCUGAAUUACUCUUAGACUCGCCGCCUUCACUAGGCUCACCAACCCCUUUGGACUCUCCUCCGCCCCUUAGCUCACCUCGUCUUCGUUCGGCAGAACUACUGGAACUAUCAUCUUCACCCGACGCAAGUAAGCAAGAAACACCUCUACCACAAGGUGCUACGAAGUCGCCAGCAAAGCCUGUUCCGUAG